AUGAGCUACAACAAGCAGUUCGAGCCGUUCGAGCCACUAUCGGAAGAUUGGGACUCCUACCUGACAAGGUUUGAGUUUUUCCUUGAGAACUGCCAAGUGACAGAUGCAGCGAAGAAGCGAGCAGCCUUGCUGUGUUCCUGUGGGAAAGAGGUAUUUGACAUCGCCCGAUCAUUGGUGACGCCAGACAAUAUCAAGACCGUACCGUAUACGACACUGACCGAGAAGUUGAAGGCCUGUUUUUCACCUCAACCGUCAGAGAUCACUUCCCGACACGCCUUCUAUGAGCGACGGCAGGGCCCCCGGGAAUCUGUGGCUGAGUUCGUGGCGGCACUCAGGAAGGCGGCAAGGCCCUGCAAUUUUGAAAACCUUGAGAAGGCGUUGCGUGACCGUGUGGUGUGCGGCCUGAGAGACGCGCAAUUGCAACAGCGUUUGCUUGCUCGCAAGGCCCUCACAUUCAAAGAUGCAUUCGAGGCAGCCGUCGCCGCUGAGGCCGCAGAGAAAUCAACAAGGGAGGUGCGACAACGCCCCGGUACAGCAGAACCACGCGUUCAUCACCAAGCAACCGGUGAGGAGGUAGCGGAGGACGUGGAUGAUGUCACGGAAGCUCGCUCCAACCACCCACAGCGGACUGCAACAAAACCUGUGCAGCAACGGCUGUGCCUAGGCUGUGGCGGGAAGCACGAGCGCGACACCUGUUGGGCCAAAGAGCUGAUCUGCCGCGCUUGCGGAAAGUGCGGGCACAUCACCCGAGUGUGUAAAGCAAAGACAAGAUCACCGCUGACAGGGAAAAAAGCCUUCGCAGGAGGGUCGAGACAAAGUCAACGCGACCAGACCAGCCGCCACCAACCCACCGGCUCCAGACCAGUCUCCAGGUCAUCAGCCAGCCGCAAGUCCUGCUCCUCGACGGUCCUGGCAACUGGAGGAAGCCGCCAGCAGAAAAUCAUCGUCACCCUGUUCCUGGAUGGGGUGCCCUACGAUUUCGAGGUCGACUCUGGGUCAACCCGGACCAUCAUCUCGACGCAGACCCUCGAUCGCCUGUUCCCCACGAGAAGCCGCAGUCGUCUUCUGACAACCAACGCCCGACUUGCCGAUUUCCAGGGGCGCCGGAUACCACUUGCAGGGGAAGCAGAAUUCGAGGUUCGAUUUAAAGAGUUGUGUGCAUCCCUGUCCUUGAUUGUUGCCGAGGGGAACAGGGUGAGUUUAUUGGGGCUAGAUUGGUUCGACCCAUUGGGAAUCUCUGUUACCGGUGUUAAUAAUAUGGUAUGUGAGGAUAAAUGGAAAUAUGUGUACGACAAGUUUCCUCAAGUUUUUGCAAAAGGGUUGGGAACCUUCACAGGUACCCCAGUUUCCUUCGAUUUAAACCCCCUGGUAGGGCCUAUUCGCCUCAAAUACAGGAAGGUACCAAUAUCGAUACGGCCAAAGAUAGAGGCCGAGUUAGACAAACUCAUUGAGCAGCAGGUUCUAGAGCCAGUUCCCAGCAGCAAAUGGGAAACGCCAAUUGUUACUCCUGUAAAGUCAGAUGGCUCCAUUAGAAUUUGUGCUGACUAUAAAUGUACACUUAACAAAGCGUUGCAACAACAUUCGUACCCUGUACCUGUUAUCUCUCAUGUGUUGGCCUCAUUGGGUGAGGGAAAAGUGUUUGGUAAAUUAGACCUCGCGCAAGCAUAUCAGCAGCUAUUGGUGGAUGACAAAACGGCCGAGGCGCAGACAAUCGUUACGCAUAGGGGGGCUUUCCGGGUCAGACGCCUCCAGUUUGGUAUAAAUGUAGCGCCGGGAAUUUUCCAGGGUCUAAUGGAAGGGCUGCUGCGGGGUCUAAAGGGAGUAAUACCAUAUUUUGAUGACGUACUUAUUGCGGGGGCAGACGAUAAGGAGCUACUGGAACGGGUCAGGGCCGUUCUGGAACGUUUCAAAAAUGCAGGGUUGAGACUUAAAAAGUCUAAGUGUGCUAUAGGGGUUCCGAGUGUCGAAUUCCUUGGGUUCCAAAUUGACGAACACGGGGUGCACCCAACGAAAUCAAAGGUGUCGGCAAUACAUAAUGCCCCCAGACCACAGUCACAAAAAGAGCUACAGUCCUUCUUAGGACUACUUAAUUUUUAUCAUUCAUUUAUUCCCCACAAAGCGUCUGUUGCACAACCCCUCCACCAACUACUGAAUAAAGGUUCCCAAUGGGUUUGGGGACAGCGGCAGCAGACCGCUUUCCGAAAUGUAAAAGCUCUCCUCACGUCUGAUGCAGUACUAAUGCAUUCUGACGAGGGUAAAAUGUUGGUUUUAGCAGCCGAUGUGUCGCCUUAUGGUAUUGGGGCAGUGUUAAGCCAUCGUAUGGCCGAUGGGUCUGAGGCACCCGUAGCCUACUAUUCUAGGUCAUUGUCUGGGGCCCAAAAAAAUUAUGCCCAGAUUGACAAAGAGGGUCUGGCCAUAAUUGCUGCCGUGAAGAAGUUUCACGAUUUUGUGUAUGGGUGCAGGUUCUUAAUCGUGACUGAUCACAAGCCCCUCUUGGGCAUUUUCGCUCCCAACCACCCAACCCCGAACAUUAUUUCCCCUCGUAUGCUACACUGGACGCUAUGCUUAUCGGCAUACGAGUACGAUUUGGAGCACAGGCCUGGGAAGGCUAUCGGCCACGCCGACGCUCUAAGCCUAUUGAACUGGGUGUUGAGGGGGUGGCCGAGCGCCGUGUUUGAACCAGAGUUCAAGGCAUACAAUAUGCGGAAAACAGAACUCUCGAUCUCCAGGGGGUGCAUUCUCUGGGGGAACAGGGUGGUGAUCCCCCCAAGCCUGCGGAGGAGGGUGUUAGAGUCCCUGCACUCAGGUCACCCAGGGAUCGUCCAUAUGAAGGCACUGGUCAGAGGGUACGUAUGGUGGCCAGGGAUUGAUGCAAACAUUGAAGAAAGGGUUCAAGGCUGCUAUACCUGCCAACAGUCCCGCCCAGAGCCAACACACACCCCACCUUUAGCAAUGGAAAGAGCUGAAAAGCCUUGGUCAAGGCUACAUGUCGACUUUGCGGGCCCGAUUCAUGGGCAAAUGCUAUUGGUGGUGGUGGAUGCACACUCAAAAUGGCUCGAGGUAGUCCCCAUGCGAAGCACAACGUCGGCGAACUUAAUAAAGGCUUUGCACCAAUUGUUUGCCACCCAUGGGCUACCUGAAGUGCUGGUGUCGGACAACAGCCCUCAACUUACCUCUAGGGAAUUUGCAGACUUCCUAGAGGGCUACGGCAUCCGGCAUGUCACAACAGCACCAUUCCACCCGGCCUCAAAUGGCCAGGCCGAGCGCAUGGUGCGAACAGCAAAAGAGUCCCUCGCCAGGCUGCCAGGCGAUGACUGGGACUACAGAGUGGCUGAGUUCCUGUUGCGGCAGCACAUCACGCCUAACUCAGCCACGGGGAGAAGCCCGGCCGAGCUUCUCAUGAAGCGCCAACUCACUACCCUACUAGAUCGGUUGCAUCCUGACUUAGAUGUCAGCAGGGAGAAGGAGGCUGAAACUCCAGAGCCAGUAAGAGAGUUCCAGCCCAGGGACUUAGUGUUCAGCAGGGUCACCAGUGGCUUCCAGCUGAGGUCACCGACCGACUGGGCUCACGAAUGUAUGUGGUCCGUCUACCUGAUGACCGCACGGUACGCCGCCACAUCGACCAACUCCGACAACGAUGGGCUCCCGCAAAUCUUGGGCUCGAGUCCCACUUGCCUCCAGAAGAGCCUGGAAGACAUGGGUGUGGACACAAGUUCACCAAAGCCCCCCAACCUCAUUUCAUUCAUCACAAAGAAUCAAAGUGGUAGCAAUUUGCAAGCAAGGUUUGUUAGCCCUAGUAAAGUUAGUGCAGCUUGA